AUGCCCACAGCGCGCAGCCUCCUCUCCCGGCGCUGGCUCUGCUCCCGCCGCGCCCGCCACCGCGAGGAAGCGGACGAGGCGCCGGCUGGGAACAUGGACCGGCGACAGCGCGUCGCACGCACCCUCAGCUCCCCCGUGCGCGCACAACAACCCACCGAUGAAGAAUCCCUCGAAAGAGCGUACCCCUCUACAGGGCACCUCGAAUACGUCCUCGCCGGAUCCUCACCGCCAGCCGAAAGCGCUCCAAACAUGUACGACAGCUUCGAAGAACCACCCUUGGACUUAACUGCGCACAUCUGCGAUGACUCAUUACGUCAGAGUGCGCACGAGCAAAUGAGAGCGGUUGGCGGUAGAUUACGGCUUUUAGACGAACUGGAAUCGGGUGUCAUCACUUUGGAAACCGCAAUGAACACCUUUGAAAACGCCACCGAAGCCGAGAGAAACGUCUGUUUAUUUUGGGCGGCCUUUCUUAAGUUAGAUCAACUGCUGCCGGCACUGAUAGAGACGGGAGCGGAUCCUUUAUACUACGAUGCAUUGGGCCUGUCUCCACUUCAUGCUGCAGCGUUUAGUGGUUCCAUGGAAUGCGCGAUCUAUCUACUGUCAUGCGGCGCCGACCCCAAUUACAUGCCUCGUUGCUUCGUGCCGCUCCAUUGUGCCGCGUUCGGGAAUUCAGUGCAAGUGGCUAAUUUACUAAUCAGUCGUGGGGCGUCUGUCCAUGCGGCUGUCAAGUAUAUCAGUUGUGAAGGAGGUUUACUACACUGCGCUGUACGUGCCAACUCCGUUGAGUGCCUGAAGUUGUUUAUAUCGCACGGAGUGGAUGUCAAUUUGAUAGAACCGGGCGGCACCAAUGCAAUCCAUCUUGCUGCUGACUUGGGAAUGAUACAAUGUCUCGCUAUAUUAUUAGAAACGCCCGGUGCUGAUCCAAACGUAAGAACAAGAGUCGGUGACAGAGAAUCGACUGCAUUACAUUUGGCUGCUGAUGGUGGUUUUGUGGAUUGUGUUGAUUUGCUUCUGUCUAAAGGCGCUGAUGCGUGCUUGAAAAAUCAUCGUGGUUUUACAGCUUUACAUUUAGCAGCUCGAUCAGCUAGUCUGGAAUGCGUAGAAUCAUUACUAAGAAAAGGUAACGCUGAACCUAACGCAAUGGAUUUUGAUAUGAGGACGCCCCUUCACGCUGCCAUAGGCAAGUCUGACAGUGCGUGUGACAUUAUUGAAACUUUAAUAAGUUGGGGAGCAAAUGUCAACCAGAAAGAUGAGUACGGUUUCACUCCUCUUCACUUAGCCGCAUUGGAUGGACUCUCUGCAUGCGUGGAGACGCUCAUUUAUCACGGCGCUGACGUCACUACAAGAUCUAAGAAAGGAAACUCCGCUCUCAAUGUAAUCGCACGAAAAACACCUGCAUCUCUCGCAAUGGUGACAAGAAAGCUAGAUUGUGCUAUCACAUUACACCAUUCACAGACAAGCAAUAGAGAGGUGGAACUUGAACUUGACUUUCGCAGCAUUCUUCAGCAUUGUUAUCCUCGAGAGAUAAGCUAUCUUAACACGUUUGUAGAUGAAGGUCAGAAAGAGGUGCUUCUCCAUCCAUUAUGCUCGGCUUUCCUUUACAUCAAAUGGGAGAAGAUACGUAAAUAUUACGUAGCACGAUUGUUUUUGAGCUUUAUUUUUGUUUUGUGCCUCACACUUUACGUUCUUACUGCAUUAGCUCACAACUGUUAUAAUGGAAGUAAGGAUAUGGAGGAAACGAUCCAAGAGCAGGAGUUAUGUCAGAAACAGUCCAUUCUCGGUGAUUUAUUGAGGAAAAAUCCGUUCGUGAUAGAAAUGCAGUGGUGGGUGUUGGCGGGAAUAACGAUAUUUGAAAUAUUCAGAAAAGUUUACGGCAUAGCCGGGUAUUCGACUGUGAAACAGUAUCUGAUGCAAUCUGAGAAUAUAAUAGAAUGGUUUGUGAUUGUGAGCGUAUUUCUCAUUUCAUAUAUUUACACGAACAUAACGUACACUUGGCAAAACCACGUCGGAGCAUUCGCAGUGCUCGCAGGCUGGACGAAUCUUAUGAUGAUGAUUGGACAGCUGCCAGUCUUCGGCACCUAUGUGGCUAUGUAUCAAAAGGUGCAGAAAGAAUUCGCGAAACUUCUGAUGGCCUACUCUUGCAUUUUGAUUGGUUUUACUAUAAGCUUCUGCGUCAUAUUUCCAGACUCGUCUUCCUUUGCAAAUCCAUUUAUGGGUUUUAUUACUGUUUUAACUAUGAUGAUAGGCGAACUGAAUUUGGACUUGCUACUGAACGAGCCGGAUGGAAAUGAUCCACCAGUGUUGUUGGAGUUUUCUGCACAAAUUACAUACGUAUUAUUCCUUAUGUUUGUUACGGUUGUACUGAUGAACUUGCUUGUUGGUAUAGCAGUUCACGAUAUACAAGGAUUGAGGAAAACUGCUGGACUAUCGAAACUCGUGCGACAAACAAAGCUAAUCUCAUACAUGGAGCUGGCAUUAUUUAAUGGAUAUUUACCUAAAUGUUUGCUAAAAAUACUACAUUCCUCAGCACUAGUUUCCCCACAAGCUUACAGAGUGGUCCUAAGCGUGAAGCCUCUGAAUCCAAGUGAGAAAAGGUUACCCAGAGACAUAAUGAUGGCAGCAUAUGAUAUAGCAAAAAUGAGAAAACAGUACGGUCAUACAAUAUCAUCUAACGGAUCAACUACGGGCACUUAUUCUUGCUUUAAGAAAUACGAGAAUAAUAAUGACUCCAGUUAUAGAGAAUAUGGAUAUUCAGGCCUCGGUACUCUCCAAGCGAGACUGGACGAGACUUCGGAGAACGUGAAACAACUGACACAGGAAGUUAGGGAGUUGAAAAAGUUGAUUAGUGCCCAGCAGCUCGUAAUUCAGCAAGCGCUCGCCGGAGCGAUGGACAACCGUUGA